GGCAUCCGCCAACUAUGGCGGGCGAGCUUGAGGGCGCUAAGCCGCUGAGCGGGUUGUUGAGCGGCCUGGCUCAGGACGCUUUCCAUGGGCACCCGGGCAUCACGGAGGAGCUGCUGCGGAGUCAGCUCUAUCCGGAGGUGCCACCUGAGGAGUUCCGCCCCUUUAUGGCGAAGAUGAAGGGGAUUCUUAAGUCUCUUGCAUCUGCAGACAUGGAUUUCAACCAGCUGGAAGCAUUCUUGACUGCUCAAACCAAAAAGCAAGGCGGGAUCACAUCUGACCAAGCUGCUGUCAUUUCCAAAUUCUGGAAGAGCCAUAAGACAAAAAUCCGAGAGAGCCUCAUGAACCAGAGCCGCUGGGACAGUGGGCUUCGGGGCUUGAGCUGGAGAGUUGAUGGCAAAUCGCAGUCAAGACACUCAGCUCAAAUGCACACUCCUGUUGCCAUAAUGGAGCUGGAAAUAGGGAAAAGUGGACAGCCAUCAAUACUUUCAAGCCCCUUCAGUUCAGAAGUGUCCUGUGUUGUCUGUCUAUACCAUGAAGUGGGAGAGGUUGGGAAGCAUUGCUUUAUUGGAUUACAAGCAAAGUCUAAGAUUCUGGACUUCAGCAAGAGGUCUUCUACAUGGAAUCUGAAUUUCUGUGUUUGGAGUUUGAUGAGGUCAAGGUCACCGAAGUCCUGAAGAAGCUCUCGGAGGUAGAAGAAAGUAUCAGCACACUGAUGCAGCCAGCCUAGCUGAAGAUGGAGCUGUUGAAGCAAAGGUGUUCAUGAUCCCUCCCCAGGGACCUGCUUUUUUUAAAAAAAAAAAAAUCUUAUUCCCCCAAUAGUAUUAAAUCCUCAAGUUCAAAUCUU